AUGGUUGUUGUUCCUGCGUGGGCCGUUCCAGCGGCGUGCUUCGCCGGCGUUAUAACUUGCGACUCACGUCCGGGAGCUUUGCCUCCUAAAAAGCCCCAGGUCAUUUCUUGGGAUUCUCCUUUCCUUCAUCACUCGAAUCCAGCUCCAGCUCCUGGUCCUCCUGCACCAGGUGGUCCUGCUGGUGGUGCUCCUCCUCCCCCUGCUAAACAGACAUCGACUGCAAAGACGACGGUCCCUGCCCCUACUGUCUCCCUUCAUUCCACUGGAACCACUGUGGUGCCUUCCGUCACGUCCAGUACUUCGAGUACUUUCUCGUGGAAAUCAACUUUGUCGGCUCCAGCUAGUAGUCUCACGACCAUGAGCACUUCGGUGAUGUCUUCUAUUGCCGCGCCGUCGGCUUCGGCUUCGGCUUCGGCUUCAGCAGCGGCCACAGCCCUGAGCCAUGUCACUGUGGCCAACAACAUCCUGGUUAUCGCCCGAGACAGCACCUCGGCCACGAAUGCCGCCUCUGGUCUCAACGGCUACGGCAUUCCCUACACAACCCUGGUCGUGCCCCAGACGGGAACUCAGCUGCCGGCGCUGAACUCUAGCAACACCGGUAACUUUGGCGGCAUUGUCAUUGCUUCCGAGGUCAGCUAUGACUACGGUGCAGAUGGCUGGCAAAGUGCCUUGACCAUGGAUCAGUGGAAUCAACUAUACGCUUACCAGCUGGCGUAUGGUGUCCGUAUGGUUCAGUUCGACGUCUUCCCCGGUCCCCUGUAUGGUGCCAGUGCUAUUGCCGGCGGAUGCUGCAACCCUGGUGUUGAACAGGACAUUUCGUUCACCGACACCAGUGACUUCCCCACUGCAGGCCUGCGCACAGGUGCCGGCGUGAGCACCGAGGGCUUGUGGCACUACCCGGCCACGAUCAGCAACACUACCUCCACCAAACAAAUUGCCGCCUUCGCUGCCAACUCGGUCGUUUCGACCGAUUCUACUGCCGCGGUCAUCAAUAAUUUCGAUGGUCCAUGCUUGGAUUACCUGGAUCACCCGGGGGUGUACGCUGGAUACCGCCGAGUCAACUUGAACACUCAGAUUGACGACAUGUUCCUGGAGACUGAGAUGUACUACCCAGCCGGCAGUAACUUCCGCAUCCGUGCUGAAGAUCUGAGUGGCAUCCGGGACUGGUCUAAGACUGUCAACGCUCGUUUGAACCCCGGCAGUAUCUACUUCCCCGAGACUGGCCACAACGGCAACGGCAACAUUGAGAACUCCUCCAACACCGAUGCCGGCUACACUGCUUGCAACGGCGGUGGUAUUGAAUACGACAGCCCUCCUGACACUCCCUUGGAGUACCAGAAGCCUCUGGGAACCGGCACUGAUCUGUGGCCCAAGAAGACCACCUCUUACCAGUGGACCACUGCCUGCACUCGUCUUGACCCCCUUCUGCAGUGGUGGAGUGUGCCGGAGAACUUGAAUAGUAUCGCCUCUCUCUCCCAUACCUUCACCCACGAGGAGCAGAACAAUGCCACCUUCUCGGAUGUCACUCGCGAGAUCAGCUUCAACCAGGCUUGGCUCAAGCAGAAUGGCUUCGACAAAGCUGCGCACUACACGGACAAUGGAAUCAUUCCUCCGGCCAUUACCGGCCUGCACAACGGUGACGCCUUGCGGGCCUGGUGGGAGAACGGCAUUACCAAUUGUGUCGGUGACAACACCCGUCCCGUUCUCAUGAACCCGGAAAAUUCCAUGUGGCCCCUUUUCACCACCGUCGCCGAUAACGGUUUCGCCGGCAUGCAGGUCAACCCUCGUUGGGCUACCCGUAUCUACUACAACUGUGAUCUUCCUCAAUGUACCGUCCAGGAGUGGAUUGACACUUCCUCUGGCAGUGGCACCUUUGCGGACCUUCUUGCCGUCGAGAAGGCCGAUACCAUGCGCCACCUCUUCGGUCUUCACCAUGAUCCUUACAUGUUCCACCAGGCCAACCUGCGUAACGUUGAUGUGGACCCCAUCACCAUCAACGGUGUCAGCUCCAAGUUCUCCAUCUUCCAGGCUUGGGUUGAGACUCAGAUCCAGGAGUUCAUCCGUCUAGUCGAGUGGCCCCUCGUGUCUCUGAAGCACGCUGACAUGUCCGCUUCAUUCCUGGCUCGCUACAACCGUGAUGCCUGCGGCUACUCGAUGAGCUACACUACCGCCAACGGCAAGAUCACCGCGGUCACUGUUUCCGCCAAGGGCAACACUUGCAGUGAGGCCAUUCCCGUCACUUUCCCCACGGCUCCCAGCAACACCCAGGGCUUUACUGUGGAGCAGCUGGGCAGUGACCCUGCCACGGUCUGGGUCAAGCUGUCUGGCUCUCCCGUCACUUUUACACUUUCUUCUCCUAUUCCUCUGUAA